AUGCGGGCACCGGUACCGAUACAACAUUGGGUUAGCCCUGUACGAUUUCUAACUGAUGAGAAUGGACAACUGGCGGAUGACAGUAACGCCUUCCCUCUGCUCACGUAUAUUCCCUUAAAACCUUUUCUUUAUGACACAUAUCGGUUUUGCUCGCAUCCCAGUGGCUCUGCUUCAACACCUUUGACCAAAGGCCAGCAACAGCUGGACACUAAUGACCCGUUGAUGGAUAUCUUUUUAUCACCAUAUCUUCGCACUUCUCACCGACAUUCUUACCAGGCCCCAGCCCCACCUUUCCUUCGGACGACAGAUUUGAUUUUUAUUGCUGGUAAUAUUUUUUUUAUCUAUCUAUCUAUCUAUCUAUCUAUCUAUCUAUCUAUCUCAGUUAGCAAUACAAGCGAAGUGGACGGGGUGUAUCUGUCCCCCAAAAUAUCAACCGUGCAAACUACGUACACUUUAAACGAGACAUUUCAUUUGACGACCCCUAGAUCCCCAGGUGGGCGGAAGACCUCGGGUAGAACGAAAAUCCGAAAGCAUUACCGAAAGCAGAUCCACCAAUUAUUGUCGAAACUACUUGGAAACGGUCGAAUCGGGAACGAUGAGAACGACCGGCCAGAAGCUAGAAAUGGGACCGAUCAAAACCCGAAGAAAAAAUCCGGACGACCGAAGUAUCGCGUCCGUCUUCCGGGGCGGCGCAGGAAAAAAAACCGAAACACACAUAGGAAAACUUCACCUCAGCGAUCAGGCGCAGCGUCGAGGGGCGAGAAGAGACGGGAUCGGUUGAAAAUCAAUUCUACGGGUGACAGGAGAGGUCGAACAAAGCUGUUCGAUUGCAAAAGAAAAGGUGAAUGUAGUCGUGACAAGACGCAAAAUGAAACCGGCGUUAAACGAGCCAAUACUUCCACGUCACCCAGAACGCGGAACCAACAAAUGGGAAUCGGCGGUAAUCGAAACAAGCAAGUCGGAACCGUUGCUGGUCAGAGUUCGCGUCUUGAAAUGGAAGUUAAGCGAAGAAAUAUCACGACCCAGUCGAGGCUCGUUGAUGGAAACAAGAGAACUUUUAACUUGUCAACGCAAUCAAUCAACACGGACAGACGAGGGAGAGUGAAUGAGAGCUCCAAACAGAGUUCUAGUCGAGUUGAGCUUGGUGAUGAUUUAAAGCAGACGGAAAAUGUGAAGAUUUCGCCUUCCUCGCGAUCUCGUUGUUCCGAUGAAAGUAAUUUAAGAAAUCACUCGCAGAAAGAGUCUGCAAGCACCGGUCCCCACGGAAAGAAUUCAAGCCGAUCGGAACCGUGUUCAGUUACGAUGUGCAACGCAAACAAUGAUAGGACGCUGAAGCGAACGAGGCCGGAAAGCGAAGUAGAUAAUGAAGAAAAUGGCGAUGGGGACGAGGCCAAAGUCGAUAUGGGCUAUGGUGAAGAGAAUAAUGGCGAAGCUGACGACGAAGAUUACGAGUAUGACGAUGAAGCAGGCUGGAAAUCCAAUAUGGAAAGAAUAUUUGCAGAAUUUGAUCGAGAACGAAGCGAUGAACACCUUGAUACGCUUAGACACGUGAGAGGGAAUCAAAGUGAAGGUAAGUGCUAA